AUGAGUGGUUUAAAAGUCGUUUUAUUAACAGAAUCUGAUUCCCUAAAGCAAGAUGUACCUUUACUAUAUAAAUCUAGCGGACAAAAGCUAUGGGAUACAAUUCGAAGUAUUGUUAGUGAACUUCAUUAUUGUUGUGAAACAGUUGAAUUGAAUAAACUUGAUUUUCAAGAACAUGAAUCAGUUAAUAAAUUUCUUAACGCUGCGAUUGUUAUUAUGGAUGUGACAAAUCAAGAUUGUCGCCCAUCAUUUAUGUACCAUAAAGGCAAUCGUGAAAGUGUAGAUUGUAUUGAUGAUAUUGUAUUAAUUCAAGCGAGUGGUCUUGAAAAUGAUAAUACUAUUCAAGAUUUGAAAACAACAUGUAAAAUAAAACAAUUAAUUGUAUAUCGAUAUGAUGAAAAAAAAGAUAGUUUUUAUGAUGUUACAACACCAACAAAUCCGCCGACAUCACUUAAAAAAAAUCUGAAACAUCUUCUACGUGAAGCUGCUAAUAAUAUGCAACAAGGACUUUCUACUCGAUAUUUAAAUCUCAUGGAGAAACGUAAAAAUAAUGUUAAUGAUAAAAAUGCUGAACGUAUUUAUUUAUGGAAAGAAAUUUGUGAUGAAAUCUUAACUGAAACAAAUCAACGAUAUGCUACACCAAAAUUAAUUAUAAGUUUAAUGUAUGCUUUUCGAGAUAUUCAAGAUUAUCAAUCAAUGAUAGAAUUAAUUGAACGUUGUGAACAAUAUGAAACGAUUUCUAUGAAUAUUCAAAAUAAUAUGUUGAUUUCAUAUUUAACAGCAUUUGCUCGUAGUCGACGAAAUGAAAAUAAUGAUCGUGAUAAAGCAUUAGAAAUUCUUGAAAGAUUAUGUCAAACAAAAAGAACAGAAAGUGAACUAUCAAAUGAUAUUAUUUGUUUACGUGGAAGAAUUUAUAAAGAUAAAUAUACAGAAUCAAAUUGUCAAGAUAAAGAUUCAUUAGAAAAAGCUAUCGAAUGGUAUCGAAAAGGUUUUGCUGCUGAUCCGAAUAUUUAUGCUGGAAUUAAUUUACUAUUACUUUUAGCAAUUACAACAGAUGAUUUAAUAAAGAAUAAUGAAGCAUAUAAAAUCAUUAUACAACUGAAUGCAUUACUUGGUAAAAAAGGUCGUUCUUUGAAAGAUUUAAAUGAUUACUGGGAUGUUGCAACUUAUUUUGAAUUACAUGCUGUUCAACAUGAUUGGUUAAAAGCUUGUCAAGCAGCUUUACAUAUGUAUUCAUUAAAUCCUCCUAUAUGGUAUUUAAAAUCUACAAUAAAUAAUUUGAAAAUCCUUCAUCAAGCAACACGUAUACGUGUUCAACAAAGACCACGUGAAUCAUCACAAACUACAUCUGCUGGUGAAGAUAUUUAUAGUUUUUGGAUAGAUUUUUUUAGUGAUGCAAUUAAUUCUCAUUCUACAUCAACUGAAGAAAGAGAAUUACCAGCACAAGUCCCUAUUCUUGUUUGUGAAAAUUAUGAAAAAACUGAUGGAACAAUAUUGAAUAAUAUAUAUAUUGCCGCAUAUUUACAAUUAAAUUUUCAUACGGGGAGUGAACGUGAAACACUUGUUAUCCGUAUACUUGAACAACAAAAACAAAUACAUCAUGGUGAUCUUAUUAAAACGAUUGAAAUGAAUUCAAUUCGAUCAAUUUUAAAUGUUAAAUAUGAUAAUCGAUCGAUAUUUUUAUAUGCAUAUGAAAAUUCUGAAACAUUUUCAUCUGUUGAAGUUCAAAUAUAUUUUGCAUCAGCAGAACGACGAACAGCAUUUAAUGAAAAAAUGUCAAAAUAUCGAGUAGAACCAAAUACACCAGAAGCUAAAUUAGAAUUUGAUCUUGAAUUCGAUCGUGAUCAACAAGGUCAACGUAUUGCUCUUGGUCAAGGAACAUAUGGAAAAGUUUAUGUAGCAGAAGAUAAAAUCACAUUUAAAAAAUUUGCUGUUAAAGAAAUUCCAGUGCGUAAUCCUGGUUAUACAGAAGUUCUUGAAAAUGAAAUAAAAAUUUUAUCAACACUCAAUCAUAAAAAUAUUGUUAGUUAUUAUGGUACUGCUAUUGAUUCAAAAAAGAAACCUCCAGUUUUUCAAGUUAUUAUGGAAUAUGUUGACGGUGGAAGUCUUUCAACUCAUCUAUCGAAAUUUGGACAAUUUCGUGAAGCAUCAAUUAAAAAUUAUACUCGACAACUUCUUGAAGGUGUACAAUAUUUACAUGAGAAUCAAAUUGUACAUCGAGAUAUUAAAUCAGCUAAUAUUCUUGUUAAUUCAAAAGGAGAAAUAAAAAUUGCUGAUUUUGGUACAUCGAAACGUCUUGCAGGUCUUCAUCUUUGUACCGAAGAUAAUGUUUUAAAGCGUUUACCGGCUUUCACCGUUGGAUCGGGUAAUCGUCACCGUUUCACCGGUCCAAACGGUUAUCGUUUCACCGAUCCAAGCGGUUGUCGUUUCACCGGUUCGAACAGUUACCGUUCAGCUACGGUUAACGGAACUCUUCAGUAUAUGUGUCCUGAUGUUGUUCUUGUACCUGCGACGGGUUAUGGUCCAGGAGUUGAUAUAUGGAGUGUUGGAUGUACAGUAAUUGAAAUGGCAACUGGUAAAAGACCAUUUCAUAAUGUAGUAAAUCAGUAUGCACUUUUACUUAAACUUGGUAAUGAUAAACAACCACCUGAUAUUCCAUCUGAAUUAACUGAUGCAGCAAAAGAUUUUCUAGCCAAAUGUUUUGAGCCAACACAAAAGCGUCCAUCUGCAAAAGAUUUAUUAAAUCAUCCAUUUCUCAAAAUAAAAAAUGGUUUAAACCGGGAGACAAGUAAUAAUCAUAUUGGUGACAAAACUGAAAAUCAAAUACGUUUAUCGGAUUCAUCAUCGACUUUACAUCGAAGUGCAAGUGAAGAUAGUGGUAGCAUGUCAUUUGAACCAGCUCGUAGUCUAGCAGCUCAAGUAUCUCUUGAUGAUUGUCGUCGAUAUGAAUUAGCGAAUAUUUUACGUGAUAAACCAAAUCGAGAAAUGCUUAUCGGUCAAUGGAUGUAUUUAAUAGAAGAAAAACAAGAAACAGAAAUACUAAAUAUUGCAAAACUACUAAUUUUAUUAUCUGGUAUUUGUGAUUAUCUUGAUAAGGGAAAUGUAGAUUCAUUAGAAAAUGCAUUAGAUAAAGUUUGUGAUAGAACAUCAAUGGAUGAUGAUUUAAGAAUUGAUCUUGAACGAUCAUUUUAUCUAUUUAUAAAAGCUGCAAAUAAUGUUCUUACAACAAGAAAUAUUCUACCUCCACAUGUUUUAUUUGCAUUGGAUAAUAUUAUUCGUCGGAUUGCCGAACAUCUUGUUGGUCUUAUUCGAUCAGAUUUUAAAACUGCUACUAAUAAUAUGAUACCAAGUACACCUAAUAAUGAUUACCGAUGUAAUGCAACACAUUCACGUACAGUAUCAACUAGUAGUUUUGAUGGAAGUACAAAUGAUGAAACAGCACGUUUAUAUCAACAAUAUAGAAAACUUGCUGAAAAAAAUCAUGAUCAACUUAAUCAAUUGAUUAAAAUUGAAAGUGACAAUGAAAUAAGAUUAACUGAAUUAUUAACUACUCAACAAAAUAAUAUAUCAAGUAAAGCAGCAGAGAUAUUUUUUCCUGUUGAAUCAUCAACACCAGCAGAAGAAACAAAUGAAAUUCGUAUAACACCAAUGGCAGCAGUAUCAAAAGGAAUCAAACGUUCACGUACACUUUUUGAACUUGAACAAGAACAUGAACGACUACUUAAACAUAUUACUGAUAAUCGUAUCCGUGUAAAUGAAGUACUUCAAUCAUAA